CCCCGUGCUCCCAGUCUCCUCCCAGUAUUCCCAGUUACCCCUCAGUAAACCCCUCAAUGCUCCCAGUUCCCCCCAGUCCUCCCAGUUACUCCCUUUCCUCCCAAGUCCCCCCCCAGCGCUCCCAGUUAUUCCCCUGCUCCUCCAAGUUGCCCACUCAGUGCUCCCAGUCCUCCCCAGUUACCCCAAUCCCCUCCUCGGAGUGCUCCCAGUCCCUCCCACUUACCUCCCAGUUACCCCUCAGUGCUCCCAGUUACCCCCCAGUACCUCCCCGUUACCCUCCCAAUAUUCCCCAGUCCCACCCCAGUACCCCCCAGUAGACCCCCACAACCACACUUUCCCAGCGCGGCCCCUUUAAGACCCCCCCCAUGCCCCAAAUCUCUCAAUGGGGGGCGGUGGGAACCGCCGCGGGGCUCCCCGCCCCUUCAUUAGCAUAAAGGGGCGUGUCCAUCAGAUUAGCAUAUGGGGGCGUGACCACCGAGGCUAUAUAAGGUGGCGCGGGGAGAAACGACGGGGAAUCGCGGGUUCGAGUCCCGGCGCGGACGGAUCGGGAUUAGGAUUGGGAUUAUUUGGGAUUAUUUAGGAUUUUUUGGGGGAUUAUUUGGGCUCAGAAGAUGGCGCGGGACAAGGAGAAGCGGAGCUGCGGGCAGGUGCUGGCCGAGUGGAGGGCAUUCGUGUGGGACCCCCGGAGCCGCCAGGUGCUGGGCAGGACGGGCACCAGCUGGGGGCUGAUCCUGCUCUUCUACCUGCUGUUCUAUGGGUUCCUGGCCGGGCUGUUUGCGCUCACCAUGUGGGUGAUGCUGCAGAGCGUCGACCCCCACGUCCCCAAGUACCAGGACCGCCUCGCCACCCCUGGGAUGAUGAUCCGCCCGCGCGCUGAGGGCCUGGACGUCUCCUUCAACGUCAGCCAGAGCCACACGUGGCUGCACUACGUGCGCGCCCUGCACGCCUUCCUCGAGCCGUACAACGACAGCGUGCAGGCCGCCCGCAACGCCGCCUGUACCCCGGGCCGCUACAACGAGCAGCCGGACGACGGCGUCCCCAACUACCCCAAGCGCGCCUGUCGCUUCAACCGCUCCCUGCUGGGACCCUGCGCCGGGCUGGGGGCGGCGGACGACUACGGGUACGGGGCCGGGAGACCCUGCGUGCUGCUGAAGGUCAACAGGCGGGAGGAGGACGCGGCGCUCCUGGGGCCGCUGCAGCUCUUCCCCCCCAAUGGCACCAUCGACCUCAUGUACUUCCCCUACUACGGGAAGCGCGUGCACGUGA